GCUGGCUCCUUAAUCCGGGGUAGAUCGUCUCUCCCCGGCAGGAGGAAGACCAGCUUUAGUAAAAUCGAACGACAUUCCCAUGAAUCGUCCGCUUUUACUCUGGUUCCUUCCUCAAUGCUGGCAGCUCUGAAUGAUUCAUGAUCCUUUCUUCUCCAUCACGAACCACCUGUCUUCUUUGCUUCAUUUGUUGUUGAUUGACAUCACUGCCCAAUCCAAACAUCAUCAUGUCUACCCAGAUUCCCAUCGCUGUUCGCAAUCGUGUUAGUGAGCGAGCCAAGAAGACGCUGGACGUCGUUGCUCGCUUCGUGGAGGAGGACUGCAUCCCUGCCGAUACGGUCUAUGAAGCCCAAAUCGGCGUUGGAGACGCAAGAUGGGAGGCCCACCCCCAGAUCCUCGAGGAUCUCAAGGCCAAGGCAAAGUCCUUGGGCCUGUGGAACAUGUUUCUUCCCAAGGGUCAUUAUAAGGAAUCCCCUGGCUUCACCAACCUUGAGUAUGGCUUGAUGGCUGAGUGGUUGGGCAAGUCCCGCGUUGCAUCCGAGGCCGUCAAUUGCUCUGCUCCCGACACUGGCAACAUGGAGGUUCUGGCCAAGUACGGUAACGAGGAGCAAAAGGCCAAAUGGCUGAAGCCGCUUAUGGAUGGCAAGAUCCGCUCUGCCUUCCUGAUGACUGAGCCGCAGGUGGCUUCUUCGGACGCCCGGAACAUCGAGAUGAAGAUCACCAAGGACGGCGAUCACUACGUUCUUAACGGCCAGAAGUGGUGGUCAAGCGGCGCCGGUGACCCUCGCUGCAAGGUCUACAUUGUCAUGGGCAAGAGUGACCCCAACAACAAGGAUCCUUACAGGCAACAGUCCGUCAUUAUCGUUCCAUCCGACACCAAGGGCAUCACCAUCGAGCGCAUGCUUUCCGUUUAUGGCUAUGACGAUGCUCCUCACGGUCACGGCCAUAUCACGUUCUACAAUGUUCGCGUGCCAGCAGCCAACCUCGUUCUUGGCGAGGGGCGAGGCUUUGAGAUCAUCCAGGGUCGCCUGGGUCCCGGUCGCAUUCAUCACGCCAUGCGCACGAUCGGUGCCGCCGAGAGGGCCUUGGAGUGGAUGCUCAUGCGCAUCAACGACCCUAAGAAGACGCCCUUUGGAAAGCAGCUGCGGGAACACGGCGUCAUCCUGGAAUGGGUCGCCAAGUCUCGCAUUGAUAUCGACGCUGCGCGCCUUGUCGUGCUCAACGCCGCCAUUAAGAUGGACGAGCAAGGUCCUAAAGCGGCGCUCACGGAAAUCGCCCAGGCCAAGGUCCUUGUUCCACAGACGGCUUUGACUGUCAUCGACCGCGCUGUCCAGAGCUUUGGUGGUGCGGGUGUCAGCCAGGAUACUCCCUUGGCUAAUAUGUGGGCUCAGAUCAGAACUCUAAGACUGGCUGAUGGUCCUGAUGAGGUCCAUCUGCAACAAAUGGGUCGCAACGAGAACAAACGCGGUAAGGCCGUGACGGACAAAAUCAAUGCCCAGAAGGCCAAGGCAGAGGAGUUGAGGAAGAAGUAUGGCGCCAAGCGCACUGAGAUUGGGUCAAACAUCAAGCACUCCAAGCUUUGAGUUGUGCAGUCCUGUUGAUCAAUUGUUACAGCGUUCCAAUAUAAACCUGAGUUAUGUAUCAUCCAUAGACUUUUUGACAACCCUGUGUAUGCUGGAAUAUGAUGGAGUCGUUGCUGGCUCUGUGAUGCAGGUGACCCGUUGAAAACCCAUACAGGGCCUCGGGUCCCAUUGAGGCGAGAUAGAGUAUUACCGUCCAGUGUUUGGUUUCU